AUAUUAAAUAAAUCCCUUUACUCCAAAUUGACCAUUUGCACACCACACUCAAAUUAUAAAUAAAUAGAUAAAUAAAUAAAAUAAAUAAAUAAAGUUUAUCUUCUUCUUCUUGUUGUUGCAUUGUUAAAUCUUUGUUCUUUCUCUGUAUAUUGAUUCAUUAUUCAUCAACAUAUAUCAGAAUUCAAAUAUGGCCAAAAUGAGUUUCUUGUAUCUACCUCUUGUCUUCUCCUUUCUCUCUCUAUUCAUAAUCACAGUUAACUCAAUCAGCCCCAUCGAUUUCGCCGCCCUCCGCCAGAUCAGAAACUCCCUCACCGACAUUCCCUCCUCCUCCUCCGCCGCCGCUCGCUUCUUCUCCUCCUGGAACUUCUCCUCCUCCGCCGCCGACCCCUGCUCCUCCUUCGCCGGCGUCACCUGCUCCCCCACCACCUCCCGCGUCACCAUUCUCACCCUCGGCACUGGCCUCUCCGACGCCCCCGGCCUCGCCGGAACCCUCUCCCCCGCCGUUUCCCACCUCACCGAGCUCACCCAGCUCAUCCUCUUCGCCGGCAUUGUCACCGGACCCAUUCCCCCUCAGCUCUCCUACCUCCACAACCUCAGAGUCAUCUCCCUCACCAACAACCGCUUCACCGGCGAUAUCCCCGCCGGCAUUUUCUCCUUGCCGAAUCUCCACACCCUCGACCUCAGCCGCAACCACCUCUCCGGCGAACUCCCCCCCGCCAUGCCCGCUCUCAAUAACCUCAAAGUCCUCGUUUUAGCCAACAACAAACUCUCCGGCGAACUCCCCCGCCUCUUCCCGGACCACCUCCUCCAUCUCGAUCUCAGCAGAAACUUCCUCUCCGGCACUCUGCCGCCGCACAUGCCGCCGGCGCUCCGCUACCUGUCGGUGGCGAACAACCGCAUGUGGGGCGGAAUCGAUAACAACGGCGGCCUGGAAUCUCUCUCCGAGCUGGCGUACCUGGACCUGAGCGCCAACCAAUUCAGUGGGCCCAUACCGGAGUAUCUAUUCCGGCGGCCAAGCAUCAGCAUCACAUCAAUUCUCCUCCAACGGAACAAUUUUACAGGAGGGGUCCCACAAUCGCCGUCGUCGGCGGUGGGGUCCACGGUGGAUCUUAGCCACAAUUUCCUGACAGGGGAAUUGACCACCGCGCUGGUCGGAGUGGAGGCGUUGUUCCUGAACAACAACCACCUCAGCGGCGGGGUGCCGGAGGAGUACGUGGAGAGCGUGGAGGCGGGGACCAUGAAAACAUUGUACCUACAGCAUAAUUACAUUACGGGAUUCCCGAUGGAGGUGGGGUCUGUACUCCCGGACACGGCGGCUGUUUGCGUCUCCUACAAUUGUAUGUCCGCGCCGCCGCUUGGGAUGGCGGCGUGCCCCGCCAGCGCCGGAGUCCAGCUCUCCAGACCGGCGGCUCAGUGCUCCGCAUUCCGCAACAACAGUAGUAGCAUCUCCACUUCUUGGGAUUGAUGAUUCAUUUCAAAUUCAAUUGCCACUAUACUUUUUUUUUUUUUUUUUUUAAUUUUAAUUUUAUAAAUUUGUUGUUGACUCCUUUUUUAUUUUUUAUUUAUUUUUGUGAAAUUGUUAAUCGGGCAAGAUUAUAAUUGAGUUGUAACGGGAUGAAACAUAGGAUUUUUAAUGUGUUAAAGUUGUAUAGAAUAGAGGGCAUUGAGUUUUUUCCCUGUGUUUUAUUUUUUGUGUUGCAGAAAAUAAGGGCAAAUUACGAAAAUCUCCUCGUAUUUGAGUGAUUAAAGUCA